GAUAAGGCAGGGCAAAGGGCCACGCGGCAGUAGAAGGGAAGGAGAGACAACCCACCACCCCAUCUUAUUCGGGCUGGCACUUAAAGGAGAGGAACCAGCUGGUGGAAACAGAACUUCCAUCACCAGGAUGGGACGAGCCUGGCUGCUUCUUUGGCUCUGCCCCCUGCUUCUUCUCAGCCUCUGGGGCCAAAGCUCCUUCUCUAAUGAAAUCCUGGGCCUGAAGCUGCCCCUGGAGCCUGUGCUUAACGCAAACACUGUCUGCAUGAACCUGCCUGGUCUGACACGGCGGCAAUUAGAGGUCUGCAUACGGAAUCCUGAUGUGACAGCGUCUGCCAUUCAGGGCAUCCAGAUUGCCAUCCAUGAGUGCCAGCACCAGUUCCGGGAUCAGCGCUGGAACUGCUCUAGCCUGGAGACCAAGAAUAAAAUCCCCUAUGAAAGCAUCAUCUUCAGCAAAGGUUUCCGAGAAAGUGCUUUUGUCUAUGCCCUUGCAGCUGCAGGAGUGGUACAUGCUGUCUCCAAUGCCUGCUCCCUGGGCAAACUGCAAGCCUGUGGCUGUGACCAGAAGCGCCGAGGGGAUGAGGAGGCUUUCCGCCUCAAACUGCAUCGCCUCCAACUGGAGGCCAUGAACCGAGGCAAGGGGAUGAUGCAUGGCGUCCAUUUGGAGCACCUGCCAGCGGAGGCCCCUGGCCUGCAAGACUCCUGGGAAUGGGGGGGUUGCAGCCCUGAUGUGGACUUCGGGGAUAAAUUUUCCAAGGAAUUCCUAGAUUCCAGGGAGAUUCAUCGUGACUUCCCAUCCCGUAUGAGGCUUCACAACAACCGCGUUGGUCGGCAGGUGGUGAUGGAGAACAUGAAGCGAAAAUGCAAGUGUCAUGGGACUUCAGGAAGUUGCCAGCUGAAGACAUGUUGGCAGGUGACUCCUGACUUCCGGCUGGUGGGUUCACUGCUCAAGGAACGCUUCCAUGGGGCAUUGCUGAUCCGGCCCCACAACAGGAACACUGGACAGAUAGAGGUGGGCCAGGCCCGCCACCGGCGUCGAGGUGGCAUCAGUGACCUGAUCUACUUUGAGAAAUCACCUGACUUCUGUGAGAAGGAACCAAAAUUGGACUCUAUGGGCACACAGGGGCGUUUGUGCAACAAGACCAGCCCAGGCAUGGACAACUGCGAAAGCUUGUGCUGCGGGCGAGGACAUAAUAUUCUGCGGCAAACGCGCAGUGAGCGCUGCAACUGCAAGUUCCACUGGUGCUGUUUUGUAGCUUGUGAGGAGUGUCGACUCACAGAGUGGGUCAGUGUUUGCAAAUGAUGCCUGUGUCCCUGUAGACCCUGCCGAAGUUCCAUUGUUUGACUUUGCAGAACUAAGGGUGGAGCCCUGCAUUAACACAAGGCAGGGUUCGAGGGACCGGGCACAUGCUACAGUUUCACAUCUCCUGUCACUUCCUUUCUGGCCUGUGCAUGAGCACUUGAUUCCAAGGGGUCCUAUUGUAGAGACUGAGCAUUGGCCUGGCAUCUCUGAAACACCAAGACCUGUGUACUAGCAGUCUUGCUGGAGACCCUGCGGUUGUCUCUGGCUGUUUCCAAGCACUGACACCUUCAGCCGUGCUUCUCAAGUCUAUGAGCUGUAGUUCAAAUGGCUGUCAUUCCCACCACCUCCCCUUUCAAAUUCAUGCCCUUCCAAUCCAACACUGAGAACAUUCAGGUGUCAGGCAAGCUGAUAGAUCAAAUACCUGCUAACCUAGGCCAAAUCUGCCCCAUUCCAGUUAAAGUGCCAUGAGCACCUU